UCUGGUCAGUCACAUUCUGAUUAAAAUAGAAAUGCUUUUCCUUCGUAAGGAUCAUCUUUUCAUGCCGAUUGCAUCAGUGCAGAUUUCCAUUUUUACUCUUCCCUUCUAAAAUUUCCCCUUUUUUUUUUCAAUCCUCUCCUCCUUCAUAAUUUCUUCCUUAAUCCCUCCUAUUCAAGUGGAAAAAAAAUGGGAGUAUUAACUUUGUCUUUCCCAAAUCUUUAAUCUUUUUCACCUUUUUUUCUUUUUCUUUUUCCUUUAACUUUUUCCCCCUGAGAAGUUCUGGAUCAUAUCAGUAAGCUGGAAGAAAUUGUGAACAAAACGGAGAAAACCCUUAUGAUUACGUCUUUGACCUGAAACCUUACUCAGAAUAACGCAGUGAUUUUCUGACGAACAGACUCCUAAUGGGCUCAGAGCAGCACAGAUUUCCACAGCAGCAACAGAGGAAACGGUGGGGAGGGUGUCUAGGAGUGUUCUCUUGUUUCAAGACUCAAAAAGGCGGAAAGCGUAUUGUACCUGCAUCUCGGAUUCCCGAAGGCGGCAAUGUCUCAGCUACACAACCUAAUGGAGCUCAUCAAGCUGGUGUCUUAACUAACCAAGCUACAGGAGGAAUCAAUUUAUCUCUUUUGGCUCCACCAUCCUCUCCCGCUUCCUUCACCAAUUCUGCUCUUCCUUCAACCGCUCAGUCACCAAACUGCUACUUAUCCCUCUCUGCAAACUCACCGGGAGGUCCUUCAUCGAGUAUGUAUGCCACUGGUCCAUAUGCUCAUGAAACCCAAUUGGUCUCACCUCCUGUUUUCUCUACAUUCACCACCGAGCCAUCGACUGCUCCUCUCACUCCUCCUCCAGAGCUUGCACAUCUCACUACUCCUUCUUCACCUGAUGUGCCUUACGCUCGUUUCUUGACUUCCUCAAUGGAUCUCAAGAACUCUGGUAAAGGUCAUUACAAUGCUCCAAAUGAUCUUCAGUCUACUUACUCUCUUUAUCCGGGAAGUCCAGCCAGCACUCUUAGAUCACCAAUCUCUCGGACUUCAGGAGACGGGUUAUUGUCGCCUCAAAAUGGUAAAUGCUCGAGGAGUGAUUCUGGCAACACAUUUGGUUAUGACACAAACGGAGUCUCGACACCUUUGCAGGAGUCAAACUUCUUCUGUCCUGCAACUUUUGCCAAGUUUUACCUGGAUCACGACCCUUCGGUUCCUCAAAACGGUGGAAGGUUAAGCGUGUCCAAGGAUUCAGACGUGUAUCCUGCAAGUGGAUAUGGAAACGGGAGCCAGAAUAGGCAGACGAGAAGUCCCAAGCAAGACAUGGAGGAGUUGGAAGCUUACAGGGCUUCCUUUGGGUUUAGUGCAGAUGAAAUCAUCACAACUAGUCAGUACGUAGAGAUCACUGAUGUGAUGGAUGAGUCUUUACUCACAUCGGCUUACUCGCCAAACGAUGGACAGAAGCUGCUUAGAAGAGAAGCGAAUUUGCUAAGUCAAACGACCUCUAAAUCAGAAGCUGAUCUUGAUUCACAAGUUGUAGACUUCCAUUCACCAAAGGCAUUAAAUGGUUACAAAGAUCACAGACCAAGAAACCGAAUCCACGCGGAUGAAGAGGCUCUAUUAUCAAGAGUUGGCUCUGUAAAAGGAAGCAGAAGCUAUCCUACUGGUUUCUCAAGCUCUGAUGCGGAGAUCGAAUACCGAAGAGGAAGAAGCUUAAGAGAAGGCAGAGGGAACAGACACAGGAUAGCCUGAUCAAGACCAACAAAGCCAGCUCUGUUCUAAGGUCUUCUAAGUUGCAAAGUGUUUGAUAUGAUCUUGUGAUGCUAACUCUUGAGAUAAGAAUCUAGUUUUUUAAGUAUAUAUAGAUAUAUAAAAUAUAUAUAUAUAUUACAGAUGGGUUUUUUUAGUUGAAUGAUGUUUAUAUUAUAAGCAAGCAAGGGUGAGAAAGUGAAUGCUCAUUUUAGUUGUCAUGGCUUUUUUUUGUAAGACCCCAUCUUUCAUCUAAUUGUAGCAAUCUGUUUGAUGUUUUCAGUGUCUUCCACUCGUUUUAAUGCAUUUGUUAAAGAUGUUAAAAAUUGUAACUUGUGAAUGUAAAUAUUAUCUUGUUUU